AUGGCGGAGCCAGUAAGGACUCGCAAACCAGACUGGUCUUGUACCUCUCAGGUACUCGACGGAGCGCUGAAAGGCGUUCCUCUGGGCCUCGCUUGGGGCGCCAUUGUUGGGGUACACCGAGUCUGGGGCUCCCACCGCUCUGAUACUGCCCACGUGGACAACAGCGUGCGGGACUGCACGAACACGGCGUGGGGAAAGGCUCUCGACUGGAGACACCUAUGGCAGUUUCGAGUACCGAGACCUUUUGCGUACCCGUCACACUUGUAUAUGAGUAUGAUUUUUGUCAGUGCGAUCGGACGUGCAGCGGAAUUUGGCGUCUUCACUGCCCAGUAUUAUGGAAUAUACUGUUUCCUGGACCGCCAGAGCGCGAUCUGGACGGAUAAGAUCCUCGAUCACUCCUCUGGGCAUGUUUUAGAGAAACUCUCUACGGUUGAACAGCUACGGAAUCCGCGCCUGAUAGCAGCCGCAGCUGGAACAGCCAGCGGGAUCUCGACGCUCUGGAUGAAGUGGCUAUUCAUCGCUUUGAGGAAUCGGCUUGCGCUGCACUCGUCUUCGAAUGGAGCUCAACUGCGCCCCGGGAGUGCUGGCUAUUUUCUCGCAGCAAGUGCUGUUGUGGGCACCGUCUCAGCUGCAGUAUGCUUCACGGUUGAGAUGCUGAGGGAAUGA